GGCGCCUGAGACGUCAGAGGAAACAAAGCCUCGACCAAUGGCCAAUACUUUUUGGCCCGAAGGUGUCUUUUAGUAACCGAGAAAGAGUCAUACAGCGUGGGCGGGGAGCAAAGGUUUUAAGGAACUCAAAAUGAUCCCUCUGGAAAGGUUGUCGAGCUCCUGGGAAUCUUGAUCCGGGUGUUCCUGUGUAAGUCGUUCCCGCUUCCGCAAAAGCUACAAGACUUUCAGACCUAAGCAUGUCAAAAAAACACAAAAAGAAAUCCAGUCAAAAGGAUGACACCUCGGAUAAAAAGAAACCAGAAUCAGCAGAAAUUGGGAACAGACAUGCAAAAGAACAGAUGGACCAAAGAGUGAGUGGUGCUGGAUAUAUGAAAGCAAAAAUGAGUUUGGAACUCAAAAAUUCUAGUACAGGACUUGAAACAAAGAUACCAAAAGACUCACAACACAGUAAUAGUGCUUUAAUACCUCUGGAAGAGCGUGAAAAGAUCACCAUGCAAUUUAAAGCCACAGCUAAUCUUGGUGAGAAAAGAAGCGUUAUGGAGCCUGUAGUUGUCUUCCCUCGUAAAGAACAGUCUGGCACGAAUGGUAGUGAUCCUGAUGACAAAAAAAGGAAGAGGUUGUCGCACAAUUUGGGGAUCAUAAACAUCAGAGAGAAGGAUAAAAAAAAAGAUAAAAUGGAGAGCACCAAGUUUAAAAAAGUAAUUAUAAAACACAUAAUGGAGGAAUUCAAGGAAACUGCGAAACCUGCAGAAUGUUCAUUCCUUCAUAAGAAAAAAUCACUAAGAGUGAAUGAAUUCACCCAGAAGAUGAACUGUACCAAAAGCCAUCAUGUUCCAGCUUUACCUUUUACUUUCUCAGAUUCUAAAGUGCAUAUACAGGCUUGCAAAAAAGAUAAUCUUGAGAAAGACAAGCAUCUUUCUUUAGAACUUUCCAGCAAAAAUGGUAAAGAAGUCAAAUGCAGACUCUCAUAUCACCUGACAAAGCUGCCCAAAUGUUGGAAGUAUAAAAAUGAAGAACUAACAUCUACUGAUUCAGAGAGGAAUAUUUGUAAUUCAAGGAUUCAACAAAAUAAAUAUGAACCUGUCACAUUUCAUUCAAGUUGGAGCUCCGCAUCCUCAUGUUCUUCCCUUGAAAACAUUGAAAAUACAGAUGUGGACCAAGAGAUGCAGAUUGUAGAAGAUUUACAUGCAGCUCGUAUUGAGAAGAAGAUGGAUCUGCCUGUCGUGCACACUUGUGGAGAGUUAACUUGCAUGGAAAUAGAUCUUGCAGAUGAUGAAUCACAUAUAUCAUCUAAUAUUUUCUCUGGGUUGAAUACUUUGAUUGUGAUUGAUACUAAUAUAAUGAUCAGCCAUUUGACAUUCAUCAAAUAUUUAAAGAAUGCUGAUAUCCCAGGCAUAGGCAGAUUUUUGCUAUUAAUUCCCUGGGUAGUUCUGCAGGAACUGGACAACUUAAAGCGAGGGAAGAUAUUGGAAAACGUUAGGCAAAAAGCAAUCCCUGCAGUUCACUUCAUCUAUACUUGCCUGAAAAAUCAAGAUCCAAAGUUGUGGGGUCAAUCCAUGCAGCUUGCUUCUCAAAAAACACAAAGUUUCACUACUGAGAACAAUGAUGAUCGUGUGUUACAAUGCUGCCUUCAGUAUCAGAAUCUCUACCCUCAAGCUGAAGUAAUCUUACUGACGGAUGAUAAAAAUUUGUGCAACAAAGCCUUAGUGAGUGAAAUAAAGGCAUAUAGUAAAGCAGAUUUAGUUGCUGCGUUCCAGAAAAUGACUCCAAAGGGCACAAUUAUAAGUGAAGAUACUUCCAAUAACAAGUGGGAAAAAGAUAAAUACCUCAAGAAGACUGAAAAUAAUUCUACUAAUCGUCUUUCAGAAGUUAUUUUUGAUAUGGAAAAAAGCUUGGGUGAUGUUUUAUCUUCUAUUUUAGAAACAGAACUGAAGAUUGCUUUUGGAGAUCUAUGGAUUGAGGUAGUAUAUCAUAAACCCCCUUGGACACUAGCAAAUGUGUUGGAGUGUUACAAAAAACACUGGAUGGCUGUUUUUGGACAGUUUAUAUCAAGAAGCCUUUUUUCAACUAUUGAAUAUCUCUAUGCACAUCUUUGUAAAGGUAAAAUAAUUGAAUAUUCAACACUAAGAGAUGUCCUCCAGGAAUCAAAAAUGUUAUUGGAAAUGUUCAGUUCAAGAUCCACCUAUGAUGGUUUUCUUUCACGGGCUUUAGCUCAAGUGGAAAAAUUACUCAAGACUGUUGAAGAGAUGGAGUCAAGUACAGGAGAAAAUUCUAAAGAUACCCGGAAAUCUAAUUUGGGAAAUGAUACAUAUGAAAAAAUGGAAGACGUGAUUUUGUCAGAACACACUCAGACAGGAGAUAAGUCUCCAUUAACAAAGUGUUCAGCACAAGAAAACAGGCACAUGGAAAUUUGGUCUGUCCUUGAAAGUGUAUGGAACAGAAUCAAUGUGUUCAGUUUUGAAAUUUUCCAAAAAGUAGACCUUAGUGCAAUACCCCCAACUUCGAAUAUGUCUUCCUUUCAAGAAGCUUUUAUGGGUCUGCACAAAUUAAUGAGCACAGUGAAUGAAAUUCUUGCUGGAAUUCAGCAAGUCUUAGUGCCCAAUAGUAGCUUUCAAGAUGUCUGGGCUUUGUAUAAAUUCUUAACUAAUAAUGAGGUAAAUAAUAGUACAAAAUUUACUGCUGAGGAACUCUAUGAUUGUAUUUCCCAAGAAUUAUACAGAGCACGGUUAUCAGUCGGAUGCGGCCAACUAAUUCAACUGGAACAUACUGUUAGACAGUGCUAUGAAUCGGUCCUUUUGGAAAUCAAAAACAGAGGAUGGCUCUAAAUCCUUCAAUUAACUGAAACAUUUGAAAGACUGGUUUUCUUCUCUCCAAACAAAACAAACUUAUGACUCAGCUACCUAAAAGUUUAAACCUCUGUAAUUUAUUGGUCUUCCUUGCUGUUUUUAGCAACUUUGUUUGAAGAUCACACUUAAAGAAACAUUAAUCCAUGGUUUGGCCUUAUUUGUAUAUGUUUAUGUGUGUGUGUGUGUGUGUGUGUGUGUGUGUGUGUGUGUGUGUGUGUGUUUCCACUUCCUGGAAGAAAACACAGAACUGGGACCAUGGUGAAGGGAUUUUUAAAUCUUCCUGACAAUAUUAGUUUUUACUCCUUAUGUAAAUUACUGCUUUGGAGAUGGAAUAUUUUUUUAAAUCUUUAUAUUACCCAUUCCCAGAGCAAUAUUCUAAUGACAAUGACAUAGCUCUAUCCCUCUCCUUGCCCAGCAUAUCAUAACUUCAAGUUGAAUUGUGCAGACUUUUUGAUCAUGAAGCUUGCAGAUGCAGUUAUGUAUAUUUUAUUAGCCCAUUCCCUGCAAACAGUCUCAAUACAUAAUGCCCAUCUGUCUGCUUUUCUUGACCUACUGAACUUGUAGCUGUCAUAAUUACAGUUUCUUGAAAUCCCCUCUUCCUUCCAGCUCAACCACCUCACUCAAAACUGCAGAAUGUAGAUAUCAAAUGCCAUGGUAUCUUCUUUGGCUGUGGAAACUAUGGAACAAUACAGCACUGGUCAAGAGACAGGGAGAAGGAAAACAGGUGAUCUCAGUGGAUACUCAUGGCAAGCUGAACCAAAACUCUGGCUUGCAUUCCUCUCUCCUCCAUUGUAAGAUUCUUAUAUUGGGAAAGCAUGGAAUUCUUGUGGCCAAUUUAUCGUCAUCCACUCAGCAUAACUAAUUAUCCAAAUAAUUGUUGUGCAUUUGUGUGAAAAGAUACAUGCCCAGGAAUCCUGGUGAAUGUGCAAAAGAUUCUGUUGUGUCACCCAGAAUAAACUAGGAUUAUAUAACCAAGCAUUUUUGCUAUUUUUACAAGAGCAAAGUUCCUACCUGACUGGAAACCAACUUUGUAUGCUAACUGGGGACAAAGUUUCAGGGUUGUAGAGGGGGACGUAUUUAAUUUGUGCAUGUCUCUUUUUACAGUAAAAAUGUUUUAAAUCUGUUUGCUAUUUAUUGAUGUAUUCUGUUGUUACUUUUUCACUGGUACCAUCUGACAUGUUUUAAUGGAAGGAGAUUCCAUACUAUUAAAGAUUCAUUUCAAACAUUUUAAUUUCAAUUUUAGAUUAAAAAAAAUGUUUCAUCCUA